UUCACAAUGAAGCCGCACCUCCAGCCUCUUGACUGUUUGCACCUGAGGGUGCAGGUCAACCCUCGGCUGCUCGUCUCCAUCACUUCAACGUUAACAGGAGGGGACAAUGCAUCAAGGCCUAAUGCAUCUGAGCUACUUUGUGCUGUGGCUGCUUUUGGCUCAAUCUUCAGCAGAUUUGCCCAUGUGCAAAGAGUCAGACUAUCACUUUGAGUACACAGAGUGUGACGUGCUUGGGUCACGAUGGAGAGUGGCGGUUCCAAACAAAGCGGAAACAUGCACAGGCCUCCCAGACCCAGUCAAAGGCACCCAGUGCACUUUCUCCUGUAAAGAAGGGGAGUACCUGGACAUGCAGUCACAGCAGUGCAAGAAGUGUUCAGCAGGCACCUACUCUCAUGGCACCAGUGUGGCCUUUGAUGAGUGGGACAGCCUGCCGCCUGGUUUUGUCACCCAUGGGACGAACACAAAUGGCGGGGACAGCCACACUAACUGCUCUAACUCAACAUGGACACCAAAGGGUGAUUACAUUGCCUCAAACACAGAUGAGUGCAGUGCAACCCUGUCCUUUGCUGUCAACCUGAAGAAGCCAGGAUCUGUGUAUUUUGAAUACUUUUACCCUGACAACAGCAUUUACUUUGAGUUCUAUAUUCAGAAUGACCAGUGCCAGUCUACAGACUCUGAGAGCCGGUCGAUGAGAAUUUCUGAGAGCGACUGGAACAGCUAUGGGUUUGAGCUGAGUGUCGGCAACAAUGUUCUGUACUGGAGGACCACCACGUACACACUGCGGGACAGUGCUGUCAAACCUGUGCUGUUAAAAAACAUUUCCAUCUCAGGGGUGGCCUACACAUCAGAGUGUUUCCAUUGUAAACCUGGCACCCACAAUGCAAAAGAAGGAUCUGCUCACUGUACUGCCUGCCCUGCUGAAACAUACUCCCGCAAGGGUGCAACCGUCUGCUACCAAUGCACAAACAACACAUAUUCAGAGGCUGGUUCUGGAAGCUGCAAACCGAGACCUGCAUGUACAAUCAGCGACUACUUCUACACUCAUACUCCCUGUGACUCAGAGGGGAAGACUCAGCUCAUGUACAAGUGGAAUGAGCCAAAGAUCUGCAUUGAGACUGUUAGUGGAGCUGUGAAUUUGCCUGCAUCAGGGGAGAAGAAAACCUGUCCACCGUGUAACCCGGGCUUCUUUGUCACCAACUCUUCCACAUGUGAACCCUGCCUCCAUGGUUUCUACUCAAACGGAACAGUUUGUGCCAAGUGCCCUGUUGGCACGGAGCCAGUGGUGGGUUUCGAGUACAAAUGGUGGAACACUAUGCCGAAUAACAUGAGAACCUCCGUCGGCCGUCAAGCGUUCGGUGACAACGAACAAAAUAGUGCCUGGGAGGUAGCUGGAGAAUAUGUCUACACUACCCCUGGGGAAGAGGACAGGGACUACCUGACACUUUCACUCCAUGUUCCUGGAUACAGGCUGCCUCAGUCUGCGGUCCAAGACGGGGAAACAAGUGAACUGUCCCGCAUUACCUUUGUUUUUGAGACCACGUGCACAGCUGAAUGCAAAUUCUCUUUCCUUGUGGGCUAUGACGAGUGGAGAAAUGAUAUGGUGGAACGGUGGACAGGCAGCAACAGGAAACAGUCAUAUUCUUACCUGAUCCACAGAAACAAGACCAACAGCUUUAUCUGGACUUUUCAAAGGACUGAGGAUAUGAACACGGAAAGGAAAUACAGUGCGGAUGUUGCAAAGAUCUACCUCAUUCACAUCACCAAUGUCAUCGGAGGUGUAGCCUCUCAGUGUCGUCACUGUGCUCUGAAGACGGCUGAGGCUGGCUCCGCCUGCGUCCCCUGCCCACUGGGACACUACAUGGUCCAUGGGACGGGAAGGUGCAUUAGCUGCCCGCCAAACACCAUCAUUAAAGGCAGUCAGGCUGUGGGAGAGGCUGAUUGUGUUCAGUGUGGACCAAACACGAAGAGUAACAAGGCCCACACAGCUUGUCUCAGCAACUGUGCGUUGGACGUGCCGACAAAAUCAGGAGCACGUCUGCACUAUGACUUCUCUCCUCUGGCAAAUGUCACAGGCUUCCACAGCAGCCCCCGCUUCACCAAUAGAGGCCUCAGAUAUUUCCAUCGCUUUAAUUUGAGAUUGUGUGGGAACGAGGGCAGGUUACCAGCAACGUGUGUGGACAAUGUAACGGAGAGCGGCAGAGAGGUCAAGGGUUAUGUCUGUCAGUCCACUGUGUUUCCCUCUGACAUUCGGAGUCAGAGCAUGGUGUCCUCACAGCCGUUCCUUAUUGCUGACUCACUCAUUGGUGUGACAACUGACACAUCUCUGAGCAGCAUCUCCUCUCCAAAGUGGUUAUUCCCCUCAGCGUCUUCCCUGCCAGAUAUCAUCUUCUAUUACAAGUCCAGUGUAACGACACAGGCUUGUAAACAGGGCAGGUCAGCCACAGUGAGGCUGAGAUGCAAUCCUGCGGUGACAAUGAAAGACCUCAUCACUCUGCCUAGUAACUGUUCAGAGGGGACGUGUGAUGGUUGUACAUUCCACUUUCUGUGGGAGAGCCAGCAUGCAUGUCCACUCUGCACCCAAGAACACUACAGAGAGAUUGUCAGCGCCUGCAUCCAAGGAAUACAGAAAACCACCUAUGUGUGGCAGCAGCCUUUGCAGUGUUACGGCGGUGAGUCAUUACCAGCACAAAAAGUCAGUGCCUGUGUGACAAUGGAUUUCUGGCUGAAGUUUGGUGUUUCCAUUGGAACAAUUGCAGCUGUGCUGCUCAUCAGUAUCAGCUGCUAUUUCUGGAAGAAGACACGCAAGUUGCAGUACAAGUACUCUAAACUGAUGAUGACCUCAGAGGGUAAAGAGUGUGAGUUGCCCACUGCAGACAGCUGUGCGAUAAUGGAGGGCGAGGACGCAGAGGAUGACAUUAUGUACCUCACCAAGAAAUCCUUUUUCAAUAAAAUCAAGUCCUUCUCAAGAGAGAGGUCCUCAGAUGGGUUUGACUCAGUUCCACUCAAGUCAUCUUCACUCCUGCAAAGAGAAGAGGAAGACUCUGAUUAUGAUUAAUUCAGAUGGUGAAAAAGUCUUAUCAGAAAGUGCAAAAGUGUUAGACAUCUAUGCAGCUCCAACAGAUGGAGUUGGAAAACAGGGAUUUGCUUCAUUUUAUUUGUUUCUGAAUAUACAUGCUUACUUAGAUCAUUUCAUAUUGAUGUAAGGAGUGUUCAUUUCAUGUAGUAUCACCUUAGGUUUUUUAACCUAAUAUAGCAUUAUAAAGUCUCCAUAUUGGGGAUUUAUUUCAGUGCUUGAAAAACUAAUAAUAUGUGAGAACUGAUGUGUACAUUUUGCAUGAACAUGAUUGUGUGUUUUAUUUUUGCUUGUUCUCUUCUUUUAUUUCUGAACUACAUUUUUAAUCAAACUUUCCAAGGACUUUUAUCUUAUUUGUGUUAAAUAGCUAGAAUUUUCAAAAUCCUUUACUGCUGCACAUAUGAUUAUGAUAUAAAUGUGCUUUGUUUUGAAAAAACAUCAAAAAAUGUAAUAUUAAAGAAUGACCUUUAAUGCUGCCUUCAAGAGAUCUGCAUGAGAUCAUAUCCCAAAGCAUGAAAAUAACUGUAUAUCUUAACAAAAUGUAUGUUGUGUAAACUACUACUACUGUGUGACUACUUUACAUUAUUAUAAGAGCGUGUGUGUGCUUUUGAUUAAAAAGAUAACUUUUGG